GCAAUACGCACCAUGGCGUACGAUAGAAUCACUAAAAAACUCUAAUCACUUAUUUUUCCCGCCUCCUCUGAUUCCAUCUCUCAUUCUUCUCUAUCCUCCCUUCUCUAUCUCAGACACCCUAAUUUAGAUCUACGAAGAAUUUGAAUUCAGUUCUUCAAUAACAAACGAUUUCUACAGAUUUGAAGAGAUUUUAUCUUCACGAACAACACCUCAACAUCAGUAAGUAAGAAAUCCGUCCGAUCUUCAACUCGUAACACCUAACAGCUGAUAUUUGAGCGUGUCUUUACAAAUUCUGGAGACUUUUACUGGUAAUUAAUCCUCAGAUUUGGUGUUGUCUUGAGGUUAUUAUGUGCUAGUUCUGUAUUUGGCUCUCUACUGGUGCAACUUAAAUUACAACGAUGGAGCUUAAGAAACCUCGGGAUUUUCGAGAUGAUGGGACAAGCAAAUGUGCCAGUUUUGGCAGUGAUAAUCUUCCAUAUAGUCAGAGCCAGUCCAGGAAAAUGUCUAUUGGUGUUAUGGUAAAUGAACCUCUGAAAGGAUACAAAACUAGGAAAGAAGAGAAAGUAGCUCCUACUGCUGGAAAAUUCGUCGAAGAAAUCAAUGAAGGGGGGGCAGCAAUGACAGCUUUACAGAAAGGAAAACUAGCAGAAGCUUCUAAGAAGGAGAACUCUCCAUGGGUUUCGACCAAAUCCUUCCACCAAGAGACACCGACAACUAAUUCAGUUCAAUUUCAUCAGAGAAGGACUUUUGCUUUAAGAUCUGGUGAUGAAACACAGAAGAAGCCCAACAGCACAUGUGAUCUACCUAUCCCACAAACAGUUAAUGUUGUUGCAAACCAGACUUCAGUUUUACAGUUUGAAGAGGGUGUUCAGAACCAAUCUAACAGUAAGAGUGAAGCACCUAUGACAAAAACAGUCCAGUUUUAUGCAAACCGUAUGUCAGUUUUACAGUCUAGUGAUGGUGCGCAGAAGAAAUUUGAUAUCAUCACAUAUGGGAGGAAAGAAAAAGGUGGACGGACAGAGAGGGUAGAGGAAUUUGCAUUCACUGCUGCAAAAGAAGUUCGCGUGGUAGACAAAAGAGCAGAAGUGGAAAACCAAAAAUCAGCUCCACAAAGCAAUGGAUCCCUGAAAUUGAAACUGUGGGAGAUAUUAGGAACUGCUCCGGAAGAUGAGAACAGGUUUAACUUUCAGACUCUUGAGGAUGGUGUGAAGAAUUCAAGGCUGGGUGGUAAUUCAGAUCAAAACAAUAGCAAUGUUGCCAAGCUUAGGCAAAACUCGGACACAAUAGAGGAGGAUUCUGAAAGUCCCCAGGAAACCAUUAAAAGGCCUGAAAGUCCCCUGGGAACUAUCAAGAGGCCAGUGACCCGAUCAUUAACACUAAAGAAGACUUCCUCUUUAGCUAACCCAAAGCGGCCGAGGAAGAUUAUUAAUGGUGGAAAGUUGCCAAGUUCCUCAAACCAUAAGCAACAGUCUGAGGAGAAAAGUAUAUUUAAUUUCAGUGAGGCAGAAGGGUGGCCUACAGGCUUACAUGGGAUUGUCAGUGGUGGCACCCCAAGUAAGAAGAGAGGGAGAAAGAGUACUAAAGUCGAACCACGAAGGAUAAACUUUUCUGGCAAAGCUGUCCCAGAAAAGCGCAGGCGAGCUAUUGGGGAGAGUAAAAAGCCAUCACCACGUAAGAAGGCGACAUCACAUAGCAAUACAACAGAAAGUUCUCAUGGUCACUCAACUCAAACCAACAAAGAGUCGCCACAACCAGCCAGGGAAAAGUUAGACCGACAAGAAAACCUGAAGACUCCCAAUUUAUGCGAAGAGGAAAACCACCAUGAUAAUGUUGAUAGCAUUUCCUCAAAGAAAAACACUCAAGAGGAUGAUGUCAGUAGUCCAGGAUUGGAAGUAAAAACACCUACGGAGAACUGUUCUCUGAGCCCACCAUCUGCAAAAACUAAAAAGACGCAGCCAGUUGGGAGAAGAUUCACGUCUGAAGGGUUCUGUGAGUUGAGGACUUCCCAGAUCUUUCGGCCAGAUUUUUCUGCUUCAGACGCAGAAACAAAAUCUCCUGAUCCUACAGGAGAGCUUCAGAAGUCACCUAUCAAGGAACGAUCACAUGUCGAAGAACAAGAUGUGGAACGGAAUCUGUCUCAAUCUUCCAAGGAACAGGAUACUGAAGAUGCAGAAGUGAAGCUGUCUCAACUAUCCAAGGAACAGGAUGUCGAAGAUGCUGAGGAGAAUCUAUCUCAAUCAUCUAAGGAGCAGGACGCUGAAAGCUUGGAAGAAGUUGCACCCAUCAAAAAAGUUACCCGGAUCACAAGGACAUGGGCUCCAGAAUCAGGUAGCCCUGAUAAACCAAAAUUCAUGCUGCGUCCAAGGAAGAGGCUCUGCAGCCCAGUUAGUGAAUUUGACCCCACUCCACUAUCCCCUAAAGGAACUGAAGAGAGUAACAAGCUUCAGGAACCAUCCUAUCAAGAUGACGAAGAUGGUUUGGCCAGGGCCGUAUCUCUCUUUGCUUUCGCAUUAGAAAAAUUCAAGACCAGAAUGAAGGCAGAGACAAGCAAGAGAAGCUCUAUGAUUCUGGCGUCUGUCACUGAAGGAAUAAAGUUACAGCUGCAGGACAUUAACUCUCAGAUUCAAAAAGACAUAGGGAAGUUCACUGGAAUUGGUAAAUCUAAGAGGAAACGCCUGGAAACCAGAUUCCUAGAGCAACAAGAGCGGCUGAAGCUCAUACAGGACAAGUUCAAAGAGGAGAUAAACCAGCAUAUCCAGGACUGCAAGAACACACUCGAUGAUCUGGAAGCCUAUCAGAUUGAGUUAAAAGAUAAUGCAGAGAAACAAAACACAUCACACAGAAAGCUUUUAUUACAAGUGGAAGGUGCAAUUGAAACUCAGCUCAGUGAUGCAGAACGAAGAAUUGCAUCCAUCCAGCAGGUGGCGAAUGGAAAUAUGUUGCAAUUGAAGCGUAUGAUUGCAGAGUGCUUGAAAGACGGUGUUUUUAGUUGAUGCAAUUUUCAUGGGUUAACUGUACAAAGAGAUGAAGAUAAAGUGCAGAGAAGAUGAUUAAAAGAUUGUAUCGUGAUUUUUUCUUCCUAUACCAACAUGAUAAUAUUCUCAUUCUGAAGGUACAAAUUUUGUAUGCCUUGCUCCAAACAGUUCCUGCAAAAGAAAUAGCUAACAGUGUAUAUGUAAUCAAUCUCCACGACUAUUAGUUGGUACACGACAGGAUUGAUAAAUGUUUAUCACCUUUUAUGUUUUCUUUGUC